AUCUCUUACCUAACUAAUAUAACUAUAAGUCUAAAGUGCAAGAAUAGUAAUGGCCUUUAGGGUGAUGUAUAAAUUAGAGAAGGCAUAGAUUUCCGGCCAACUUAAACCAAAGAGUUACAAAUUAAUGAACGUGGAGUUUUAAGGAACUGCCAUGAAGAAGAUGGGCGUGUUCUUGGAGUUUAUAGUGGCUGUGGUUCUUAUUGGGUUGCUACUUUGCGUGGUUGAAGGAAAGGUUCAUUAUUAUGAUUUUGUUCUCAAAGAUAAAAAUUUUACAAGGUUGUGUGAAACAAAAUCUGCUAUGGUUGUCAAUGGAAGUCUUCCGGGGCCAGUGGUUUAUGCCAAUAAGGGCGAUACAGUAUAUGUUAAUGUGCAUAAUGAAGGGAGUUUCAAAGUCACUAUUCACUGGCAUGGAGUGAAGCAACCAAGAAUUCCAUGGUUUGAUGGUCCGGAGUACAUUACGCAGUGUCCAAUUCAGCCUGGUACAAACUUCACAUACGAGGUCAUAUUUACUACUGAAGAGGGCACCGUUUGGUGGCAUGCUCAUAACGAGUGGACUCGAAACACUGUCCAUGGAGCCAUUGUCGUCUAUCCUGAAGAAGGAAGCUCUUAUCCUUUUCCCAAACCUGACGCAGAAGAAGUACUUGUAUUAGGAUCCUGGUAUACCUAUGAUGUGAACUUAGUGGUUGAAGAGGAGCUUACAACCGGAGUAGAACUACCAGUAUCAGAUUCCUACACCAUCAAUGGUCAACCAGGAGAUUUUUGUCGAUGUUCUAAGGAAUCAACAUACCGUUGGCAAGUUGAAUAUGGAAAGACAUAUCUUCUUCGUAUUGUGAAUGCAAUCAUGACUUCACAAGUGUUCUUCGCAAUUGCUGAACACAACGUCACCAUUGUAGGAAUGGAUGGAGCAUACCUGAAGCCCUUUAUUUCAAGCUAUAUCACAAUAGCUCCUGGGCAAACCAUGGAUGUAAUUGUGACAGCAAACCAACCUCUUGGUCAAUAUUACAUGGCUGCCAGGCAAAACACAGUUAUCACAAUAUACAGUGAUUAUGAGUCAACAAAUGUUACUGCAAUUCUUGAAUAUAAAGGCAAUUAUACUCCCUCAACUUCUCCUACUUUCCCAACCGACACCCUUCCUCUUUUUGCAGAUGCUCAUGCUGGAAUAAUUUUCCGAGAAAAGUUAAAGAGCCUUCAUGAGCAAAAUGUCCCCAAAAACAUUACUACAAAAAUGUACAUUACAGGAGCUAUUAAUGAACUGUACUUAAACACUACUGGAAAUUUUACUGCCUCUCUCGCUGCAAGCUUAAACAAUAUGACUUGGGUGAAUCGCGAAAUAGAUGUCCUUCAGGCCUACUACUACAACAUGAGUGGUUUCUAUACACAAGAUUUUCCAGACGUGCCGCUGCAGUUUUAUAAUUUUACUGCAGAUGAUAUACCACAAAAUUUUGUACAACCAACAUUGGGGACCAAAGUGAAGGUGUUAGAGUACGGAGAAGAAGUAGAGAUAGUGUUUCAAUCCUCUAACAUAUUGAAGGCAGCUCAAGAUCACCCAAUGCAUCUCCAUGGACAUAGCUUUUAUGUUGUCGGCACUGGACUUGGCAACUUUGAUUUCGAAGAAGAUCCAAAGUCAUACAAUUUGGUUGAUCCACCAUAUCUGAACACUGCCAUUCUUCCAAUGAACGGAUGGCUUGCUGUUAGAUUCCAUGCAAUUAAUCCAGGAGUAUGGCUAUGGCAUUGUCACUACGACCAUCAUUUAAGCUAUGGAAUGGAGACAGUUUUGGUCGUAAAAAAUGGUGCAACUCCAGAGACAUCUAUGCGUCAACCUCCACCUUAUAUGCCACCCUGUGAAGAUGCACCCGUAAUUAAACUAUGGAAAUCUGAGUAUUAAUAAUUUUAUAAUUGCAUUAAGUAAUUAAAAUUAAAAUUAGAAUCCAACUUAAGCAGCUUCUGAAACCUAAGAAGUUGAUACAUUUGUGAAGACAAAUAUAAUGGUUGCCGUAAAGGAUUUGUUCUGAAAUUUAUAAACUAGAUCUUUUCCGACAUGCAAUGUACGAUGAAUUCAAUGUUUGGAUUCAUUAAUUAAGAAAAAAAAAAUUUAGUA